AUGGUUGUCCAUUUCUUCUCUCCCCUUACACAAACCUUAACCCUAAUAUUUCUCUCUCUUCCCUCUCUUAUCAACACUUCCCAAUUGGAUUACGACACUCUUAUUUUCAAGCAAUGCGACUCACUAGACACAAACAGUCUCCAAAAGACAACAACAACAAAAUAUCUAAGUUACUCGAAUCAGAAUCUCUUUCUUCGUGCCCAAGCCCUUUAUUCUCUUUUACGCAAACUCGAAUCUGAAUCCUCUCGGUCUAAGUUCUUUAAGACUCUGGUGGGUACCCAAGAAUACGCCGUCUCGGGAUGGUUCCAAUGCAGAGAAGAUUAUCCGAGUGAGAUCUGCCAUAGGUGUGUUAGUGAUCUUCGUGAGAUUUCGUCUAUAUUGUGUGGAAAUGCCACGUCAGCUCGUGUUUAUCUCCGUGGAUGUCAUUUGAUGUACGAAACCGAACUUGUUGAUACCCAUAAUGCUCCUCAUAAUCAUCAUAACCACAAGUUAUUGGAAACAUCGGAACACGGCCUUAUUCACAAGAUAUGCGACGAAGCUACGGCGGAGACGUUCACCGGAUUCGAGGAGAUGAGGACGGAGGCGCUCAUUGCAGCCGCAGGAGGAGUGGUUGACGGGCACGGAUUCUACGAGGAAAGCUACAAGCUCCUCCACGUUGUGGCUCAGUGCGAUGGCCACGUUGAAGCAUGCGACUGCGGAGAGUGCGUCGGUGCCGCCGCGGCUGCAGCGGCAGAAGAAUGCCGGUGGUCCAUCGCCGGUCAAAUAUACUUGGAAGGGUGCUACGUCGGGUAUACAUAUUACCCGCAUGAAAUCCCCGGUGAUUCAUACCACGAAGAAGGGACAAAAGCAAACACGGGGAAGUCGUUGGCGAUAGUUGUAGGAGGUGUAGCGGCUUUGGUCUUUGUUGCUAUUUUCUUCAUGUUCCUCAAGAGUUUGCGUAAAAAAGGAGAUGAUUGUUGA